AUGAAGCACGCUCUCCAUCUUUAUCUCCACAACGGCGCCUAUGGGAACGAACGGCCAGCGGUGCUCCCCCAGACCAAAACAGCGGAGCACGAGCUCGAGCACGGCCUUGAAGGGGUGUUGAUGAUCCGCAAGGACGCAUGUGUCGACGCUUUUCGUGGAGCGAGAACAAGCGGUGUUUUUGAUGGGGCUUUUGCGGGUUGGUGGUUCUUGUUCUCGUUUCUGCUCGAGAGACACACCCUAUUCGUGGAGCCUCGGACGUGGAGUCAGGUCGGCUCUGCUGCAGCAAACAUGGAUCUUCUCGGAACUAGAGAAACCCCGGCGUUUGGGCAUCCAUCACAGGAAGCUCGAGGGCAGAAGAGUCCUGUGUACCGCGUACCGCGUACAGACCGCCGAUCAACACUAGAUGGAGAAAAGAGGGAGGAGGAUAGAUCUCCAUCGCCCGAGGGGAAGGCCUACAUGGGGGACCUCGUCGGACGAGGUGGAUGA